AUGACAUGGGCACCGGCGGCAAUAAUUGCUGCAGACAAAGUGAGUUUUUAUAGCUGUGGCUUCCUUUGCCUGCAAGACACCUUGUUUGACGCCCGAGGCCGUCACUAUUUUCGUUCCUGCUACAUUGAAGGUGCCGUCGACUUCAUCUGGGGCAAUGGCCAGUCAUUUUUUCAGGCAUGCUAUACAAAGGUGACAGCCUCAGUGCUGGGCCAGGGCGGAACUGCUUAUAUCACAGCACAAGGCCGAGAAAGCGAGAGCGAGAGCACUGGUUUUGUGUUCCAUUCAAGCGCUAUUAUUGGGACAGGACCUGCUUUUCUAGGCAGGGCAUACAGAAACCAUUCUAGAGUCGUUUAUUACAAUACACAUAUGGAAAAUAUCAUUGCCCCUCUGGGUUGGGAUGCAUGGUUUAAUGUUGGUCAUGAAGGUUUACUCACUUUUGCGGAGGUGAAGUGUUAUGGAGCUGGCGCAAACACGUCCGCACGAGUGAAGUGGGAGAAGCAAUUGCCAAUUCAAGAAUUGAGAAAGUUGAUACAUGUCAAUCACUUCCUAAACCAAGAUGGGUGGAUAGAGAAGCAACCACCAAGCUAGGUCCAUGUAUAAGUACGUAUAUGAGGGCUGGCUUUUUAUUUGUAUGUCAGAAUAUUGUUAAGGACGUACGUACGUCCGUUUAUGGUAAAUUUUAUUUUAAGGGUUUCUUCUUAAGGUUAAUGGAAAACAAAAUAUUUGUGCUUUUGUUAUUAUGGUUGGUACCAUUUAGCUAAUUUGUUAUAU